ACAAAAAUACCACGGUAGCGAACCCUCUUUACCACGGUCUUGAGGUUAAAGUUGGUUUUAAAGACGCAGCAUUUGUAUAACAUAGUUGUGACAAAGCCUAUCUACGCAAUUCCUUUUGUGUUAUCGCCUGUAGGCUAUGUUAAAACAUAAGCCUACGCAACACCAGACAGAACGGUACGCAAAACAAUGGCUGGUGGUUGGCUGGCCUACAACUGUAUUGCGAAAAACAAGGAAGUGGACUUAAAUGAACGACAGUGUUUUUAAACUGGCUGGCUAAAUCUACGUUUCCACAUUAUUCGUAGUUUUAUUAAAAUACCCGCUCGAUCGAGCAAAUCUAUGUUUGUAUCGUGGCCAUAUGGCUUCCCACAGCCGCCUCUACCAGAGCACCAGCACAAUGGAAUGUGAGAUAAACGAACUUUCCUACCAUGUUGAUGCAAGUCACAAACAAGCCUGCAGUGACCUUGAGAAGGCCAGUCAAUUCAUCACAGAAGCAUUACAGAAUGAGUUUCAGCGAAACCUGGCUGUGCGCAUGUUAAUCCACCGUCUGGAAGACAGGGCAGCUGAGAAUGGAAGGAGCCUAUCAGAGCAGGUGGAGUCAAACCGGCAGCUGAAGCUCCAGGUGGAUGAACUACAGAAACAAAUUCAGAACAAAAACAAGUCAUUAGCACAAGCUAAACAGAGUAAUGCUAUCUUGAGGAAUGAAGUGAGGGAACUGCAACAGCAGCUGCAGAGCCACCAGGAUGGUCACCGGACGAUUCAGGAAGUGGCUGAGUGGCUGCAGGAUGGGGACCGCCAGCCCAAUGCUGUGAAAGAGGAGGGCGGUGUGCCGCAGAAUCGAGUUGUUGGAAUUAAAGAGGAAAAUAAUGCAGAUGAUGGAUAUCAGAAAUAUCAAUCUGAUGAAACUGACAACCCCACAGAACAGACCAACUCGUCAUCUGAAGACAUCAAAGCUGAGCUGCUGCAGGAAACAGAUCAGAGGGUAGACAUGUCUCCUGCAGCUAGCUCUGAGAUGAGCCAGGCUUCUCCAGAUCCAGUCAAGCCUUUGAGAUUAGCCGUGCAGUUGGUUGACAGCAGUGUAGAGCAACACCAACAGGCAACAACUAGCAAAGACAACAAAGAUGGAGAACAAUACAACACUGUUGCUGUUGGGAGGAAGCGGCCGUCAUCGUCGCUGUCGUCGUCGCCAUCAUCAAAGGCGAGCCGCCAGAGGUGGAAAGCCAAACGCGCAAGGCUUUCUGGAGAGGGGCUAACUCCCAGGGUGUCUUGCACUCACCACUCCGACAACUAUUCUAACUGCCAUGCCGACAAGCUGUCCGAAGAGGACGUGGCCUUCAAUUUCGCCACCAUGCACCAUGCGAGCCAGACGAAGGUGGAACAGGACAAACUGAUCCUGCGUCUGGCUACGGUUAGCAGCGUUCGUAGAAUAAGGGUCGCCCGUGAUGCCAGGAAGAGGCCUAGGGAUGUCUCCGCCAAAUACAGCCUGUUGUCCCACGCUCCACCUCACCACAGGAUUCUCGUCUGCAAGACAACAUUUAUAAGGGUCCUUGGAGUUAGUGGUGAAAGAGUCACUCGCAUGUUGAAAUACUUCAGGCUACAUGGAGAAGCAAGACCAGAACGCAGAGGUGGAAACAGGAACGCUGACAAGAAGUUGGCGAAGAGGCGGGCCAUAGCAGAGCACGUGUCCUCGUUCUUGUCCAAGGCCACGGACUACAGCGGCUGUGGCGGUGCACCUGGACGGAAGUACCUACCAUCGGACUUGUCUGUCACCAAAAUGCACCAGCUGUUCCUGCAGCAGACCCACAUGGACAUCAGAUACUCCCUGUAUCAUAAUGUCUUCUGCCACGAGUUCAACCUGGGAUUUGGGCGUCCAAGGGCAUCAGAUGCCUGUCUGAGUUCAAAGCCUGGAAGGAAAGAUCCCAACCCGAAUGAGAAAGAGGAGCAGACAGAUGAUGUGACUUUCAUGCUUAAUUAAUGUGUACAGUCAUGGGUAAGCAGUAAGGAUGUCAGGCUUGUAGACCAAGGGCUGCUUCUUUGCACGGCUAAGGCAUAAUUGACAUUGUGACACAACACUCCACAGUACACUACACUGUGCUUACUGCACACACAAUAAAAGACAGACUCUAUGACUCAGUGAGAUCUUUUGUUGGUUAUGAUUCUACUACUACUUUGGGAAGGGGAGGUGUGGUAUGUUGUGGUCCUCUUUAAAGACAAAAUGAAACUGGCACCUAAUACAGCACUAAAGUCGAACAAUACCAGACUUGCCGCACGAAUACACCGGCCGCGACAUGAGUGAGGCGAGCGACGGAAGUAAUUGACUUUGUAUUGAUUCGCACGACAAAAGUGAUUCACACUACUAGAGGCGAUUUGCACAACGAGAGUGACAGUUUGUAGUUGAAAAACUACCGAAACUAUCGAAAAAAUGUCGAACUGUAUGUCAAAUGUGAUACAAAUCGAAUUGUGAGUUGAAUGUAUCGUUACAACCCUAGUACAUAAAUAUGCCUGCCGGCUAAAGACAUGCCACAUGAAUUUUUUCUCUAGAUCGGGGUGUCAAACUCAUUUUGGUUCAGGGAAGCAUACAACCCUUGUCAUCUCAAGUGGGCCACACUAGUAACAUCAUCACGAAAAAAAAACUUAAACCAGAGGAUUAGUUUUCAAUACUAUCACCUUAUCUUUUCAGUGUGUUGAAUAUGUAGAAAGCAAUGCAAUACUGAUAGUCCUAUGCAGAAAAAAAUCAUUGAUUUCAUAAUUUCAGUGUCCUACACAAUUAGGGUUGCUAACUGUCAAUGAAUAAAAUAAAUGGUAUAGGUUUGAAUCCUUCCAUAUUGUUUAAAACCAAGUAAUGUCCCAGCUGCAGCUCUUGCGGCUGGACACUGGACUGCUGUGCCGCCGGCCUGGUUAUUUGCCGAUCUUUCCCUGUCUGUCUCCCAACUUGCUUCCUGUCUCUCCUCUAUUGUCAUAUCUCAUAGAAAAUAUAGGCUUAAUUGAUAAUAUGAUAUAGGCUUAAAAAGCUCAAAAAAUACUUUUGAAAAUACCAAAUAAUGUGAUGACGGUGACCCUUAUGAAUGCUGGAGAGCACACAAAUGCUUACACACACUCUGAUCCACUUUUUUUCCCUUGUGAUCACUUGUUUCACUUGUGAUCCACCUUUUUAUGGAUAUUUACCACCACCAUCAGUUUCCAAGUACUCAUUAUUAUUUCUAAGUAUUCAUAUUACUUGGAAAUUUACACUUUACACAUUUAUAGACGGAUCCUCGUGUCCGCCAUCUUAAAUUACCUGAAACCUAAAAACACUGUACUUAUGCCAGGCUUUGUUUAAUAACUGAGUAAAUAUUCAUAAAAAGGUCAAAUUUGUGAAUGGGCAGCAUACAUUGUGAAAAUUAACUACUGGAAUUGCUCACUAGACCUUUUAAAUUCUAGGAUUACACACAUGAUUAUAAUUAACCUGAGUGGAGGUUCUGUGCAUGUUCUAUCCAAAGCUAAUUCAUAAUUUUGCAAUUGACCAUGUUUGAAUGGUUAUUAUUAAUUAAAUAAUCAACGUAUGUGAUAUUCAGUGAUGAGACAUUUGUGUUUCCAAACAAUUUAAUAUGUUUGACUGUGUUAAGGUGGAUACAUUUCAUUUUUGGAAUGAUUUUAGACUUUUCCGUUAACUCUUAGCAAAAUAAUUUAAAAAAUAUCCUUGAUUGUCCAUGUCCACAGCAAAAUAAUCUUAAAUAUAUCAUUGAUUGUCAUGUCCAUGGUACUCAAAUAACUCAAGUAAUACUUUGAUUGCGGAUGCCCAAUACAAUGUCCAAUUCCAAACUUCCAACUUUACACAAAAUAAAUAUAUAUUGUUUCUCAAAGAAACACUUCACUUUAUUGCUUUUUUUGUUUUUCUUUCG